GCAAAGGGGUCUGUCUCGAUUUGUUUGGGUCUUGUUUUUAUUGCGGCACUCCGACACCGGAGCGGGAGCCGAACCGGUUUCUACGCCGGGGCUGCGGCCCUUUCGCACCCCGCACCUCCUGAGCUUCUCUACACCAGGGAGAAGCCCCGGCAGCCCCUUCCUUCCCGUUGGCAUGCACGCAGCCCUGUGGCAGCAGAAACUUGCCGUGAGGAAGAGUGGGGGCGGAGAAAGGAUCGCUUUCUAGCCACAAAGCCAGUAUGCGGUGCUGGGGUCCACAGAACACCCCGCCUCACCCGGAAUCUCCGGGCCGGCCACACGCCUGCUGGGUUUCCCCUAUCUCCCGCCCCAGUCCCCACUUAUUGGGCGGCUCGAAUCACCCAGUCUUCGCUCCCAUUGGGCAGCCGACACCGUCGGGGUUUCUUUUUUUCUCUGAUUGGGUGACUCAGACGGGGAUGGCUAGCGAAUUGGUCCGCACGGAGCGCCGACCCGAGGAGGGGGCGGGGCCCUCGGCCUUUGGCUCCUGGCGCGCGUACACCGGUCCGGAGCCGUGAGGUGAUUGGGCGGCGGGAGCGCGCGCGGAGUCGCUCGGUGAUCGGGCCCUCUCUAGGAUCCCCGCGGUCUGCGAGGCGGGAGACGGCAUCGAGGCCGGGACUCGGUUGUCGAGUGUGGGGUCCCACGGGAGCCCCGACGCCGCGAUUGCGGCCCAGCCCAGUUCCGAAUCUGGGCGCCGGUGUCCAGGUUCCGCGUCUCCGGACAGACGGUGAGGCUAAGCAGAGGCGCGGCGGGGCUCCGUGAACGUGGGCGCGAAGCCAUCCCACGCGCACAGCCGCAAGACGCGCUCGGGACCAGUGGUCCCAGGAGUGGAGUCCGCCCCGCCUGGAGGGCCCGGUCCGGCCUGAAACCCAACCAGAGGGGUGGGGGUGGGGUGCGGGGAUCUGGGUGCAGAGCCGGUCUCGCGUGCUCGCGCCCCGGAGCCCCCAUCUUGGCCCGACUCGGGGCCCCUCCCGAGGUUCUCGGAGGAAGCCCUGGUUGUUGAGGCCCCCCAAGGCAGGGUCGGGCAGCCGAGGGCCAGCUCGCGGUGCCCAAGGGCGUCUUUUCAGCCUCCUCCCGAGGGGCGGAGGGGCGGCGGCAUCCGUGGCUCCGGCGGCAUCCGUGGCUCCGGCGGCAUCCGUGGCUCCGGCGGCAUCAGCACCACCCUCGGCAUCUGCAUCGGCCCCGAGCCAUGGAGAGGAGGCUCCGGGAGGCGCAGCAGUUCAAAGAAGAGGGGAACCAGCGCUACCGGGAAGGGCGCUACCGGGACGCCGUGAGCAGGUACCACCGGGCGUUGCUUCAGCUUCGGGGCCUCGACCCGAGCCUGCCUUCCCCGCUGCCGCCCCUGGGAGCCCGAGGCCCGGUGCUGACGACGGAGCAACAGAAGGUGCUGGAGCGCACGCAGACCGACUGCUACAACAACCUGGCCGCCUGUCUCCUUCAGAUGGAACCAGUGAACUAUGACCGUGUGAGAGAAUACAGUCAGAAGGUCUUGGAGCGCCAGCCUUCCAAUGCCAAGGCCCUGUACCGGGCAGGAGUGGCCUCCUUCCAUCUGCAGGACUAUGACCAGGCCCGACGCUACCUUCAGGCAGCCACUGACCGCCAGCCAAAAGAUGCCAACGUCCGGCGGUACUUACAGAGGACAGAGUCAGAGCUGAGCAGCUAUCACCAAAGGGAAAAACAGCUUUACACGGGCAUGUUCGGUUAGUCGAAGAGACAGAGACUGGCUUUGGCCCUCAGAUGCCUUUCUCCCUCCUCCUCCAGCCGGAGGCAGGGGCUUCAAGCAGAGGAAAUGGGCUGGGGGUCUGCCUCCAUCCCUGCACAAACCCUUCCUCUUCCACAGCCUGCAUCUUCCUCUUCCUCACCAUCUCUGUGUUUCUGUCCAGCAUCAUCGUUGUGGCCUUGUGGGGCUGUACUGUGGGAAACACCAGAACAGGCCCCAGGGUGGAGGUGGAAUAAACAAUCCGGAUGAACCCCAGAUGAUGAGAAAUGGAUGGGGGAGCCUCAGUGGCCGGUGGGUAGUUGUAGGGAGGGCAGGUGGGAGCAACGCUGGACCAAGUCAGUGGAAUGCUGUUGGACAGUUGGGGAUCGUGGGUGUUUGGGCUACAUUGACGUCCUUUCUGUGCCACAUCUCUUUUUUUCAUGGUAAUCAAAAUCAGAGAUUAGGCCAAAAUAGAUUAAAAUUUAAGCUUGGAAUGGUUGUCUCCCCCCUUAGGUUAAACCGAGGCAAUUACUCUGAUGCCCUGGGCCUAAUGAUUGUUUUCUGAUAGUGCUGUCUGAGCCCUGCUUGUUUCCUUAUCACUCCUGGUUUCUGCCUCUUUCUAGCAUUUAUUUCUCAAGCACACCAGGUUCAGAAAUGUACCACAUUGGGGGCAGUUAGGUGACAGAGUGGAGAAAACACCGGCCCUGGAUUCUGGAGGACCUGAGUUCAAAUCCGGCCUCAGACACUUGACACGGAUUAGCUGUGUGACCCUGGGCAAGUCACUUAAUCCUCAUUGCCCUUAGAGCCACAAAGUGACCACAGUGCUGGCCUCUACUGAAAAUGCAUGAAAGCAGGAUCAGCCCAUCCAAGGACUAUUAAAAACAGCAUUGUCCGUCUGCCUGAUAGUCCCUGUAUGGGGGGGGGAGGGGGCCAAUGAGGGUUAAGUGACUUGCCUAGGGUCAUAGAGCUAGUGUCAAGUGUCUGAGGCCGGAUUUGAACUCAGGUCCUCCUGAAUCCAGGGCCCAUGCUUUAUCCACUGCACCACCUAGCUGCCCCCUUAGUCCCUGUAUCUUUCAAGUGCCUCUCUCCCUCCAAGGUACCCAAGUACUUGAAUGACAAAGAGUGGAAGAGAAUUCCUCAUCACUCUGGCCCUGGCCAGAGUGGCAUAGAGAAGGGGCUGGGCUGGCCGUCCUGGGAUUCUCUAAUCCAGGGGCCAUUAGCCUUUAAAAAAAAUAAGUGAUUGAAUACAGUUUCUUUCCUUUGUA